AUGCAGUGUAAUCCGUGCUCCAGCAAGGGGAAUCAAACAUCUUUGUUGAUAAACCCAAAUUUGGACGACUUUCAAUCAGAAAUUCCUGUCAUCUCUCUCCUAGUAACCAGUUACAAUUGUGAAACGGAAACCCAUCAAAUAUCUUUACUUUCCAAUGAUGGGCUUAGUAACGGCCCUAUCAAUCUUGAUUUCCCUUUUUUGAAUGGGAGGAUUUACGAUUGUAUUGGGGUAAAUGAUUUCUCAAUCGUGGGUAUCUGUAAUGGUUUGGUUCGCAUAAGUCUAUCUCCCUUGGGAUAUCCCUUGAUCCUGUGCAAUCCCUCCACCACCAGACAGUUUCGGGAAAUUCCGGGUGCCAAAUGGGAUUGUGAUUGGGAUGACGAGAAUAUGCUAUAUGUUAGGCAGGUUAGUUUUGGAUUUGGCUUCCAUUACAGUGCCAAUGAUUACAAGUUGAUUAGGAUUGUGUCUUAUACUAGUUCUACCAGGAGAAACGAUAUCCGAGCUGAUCUUUAUGUGAUGAGCACCGAUACUUGGACGGAAAUUGAUGUUACCAAGUUUUCUUUGUUCUUUGGGGAGAUGAAUGAAUACGGGGGGUAUGAUACCAUCGUGCGAUUUACAAGUUCUUCUACUUCAGCACUCUUGAAUGGAGUUUUCUAUUGGCCAGCAACUGCAGUACAGAAUGAUCAAGUUGUUGUUGUUGUUAUGUCCUUUGACAUGGGUAAUGAGGUGUUCGGAAGAAUAAGAACGCCGGUGUGUUUGGAUAGGACUUGGUGUGGAGCUAACUUGCAAUGUAUGGAGUUAAAUGAUAAGCUUGCUUUGGUUGUUUCUCCUGAAGAAAGGGGCUUCGAUGUGUGGGUGUUGAAUGAAAUCGAGAGUUCUUGGACUCACCAAGUUAAAGUCGAGUCUUUUCCGAGGAUUGCAAGUGAUGUGGGAAAUGGGGAAUAUAGUAAAAUUACAGUUGUGGGAGGUUUGAAAAAUGGUGAAUUGCUAGUGACUGGGCAUAAUCUUCCUGGAGAGAUAAAGCUCUUUUCAUCUGAUACAAAGACCCGGGAAAUUAUGGAUCUUUAUUUUGGUCAGGUUUCACAUGGAUCUUGUGUUUAUUUGUAUUCGGGGACCCUACUUCCAGUCAUGAAAGCCAAUGAAAUCGUGCUCAACAAGUGGAACGAGAAAAAGAAAGCGUAUAAUUUUGCGGAAUCAACUAGUUGUUCCAUGUUUGAGGCUUAA